UUCGAAUCAUAAAGACUGUAUACGGAGAACACACCAAUCUAUGGUGGAAGUAAUAUUUUUUUUUACCGUACAAUGUCAAGAUUCAAGUUAUCGCAAGCAUUAUUAAAGGAAGAUCAUGCCAAAUAUUUAAUCAAGUUUCUACACACGUUGCCCAGUGAUUUAGCAGAAUAUGAUUCUUCCAGGCUUCUUAUAGCAUUUUUUGCUAUAUCAGGUUUAGAUUUAUUGAACUGUUUACAUAACCUUAGUGAACAAACAAAAUUACAGGCGAUAGAAUGGAUCUACAGGCUUCAAGUUACUGGAGCUGGACCACGCUCUGGUUUCCAACCAUCUACAACAAUACCGAAAGAUGCUCCAGAAUAUCAGUGUGGUCAUUUAGCAAUAACGUACAUUGGACUGGCUACCCUUUUGAUCCUCGAUGAUGACUUAAGCAGAAUAGAUAAAAAAGCUAUCAUUGAAGGAGUACGUGCUUGUCAAAAUCCAGAUGGAUCAUUUAAAGCUAUCGUAGCAGGAAGCGAAAGUGACAUGAGAUUUCUCUACUGUGCUUGUUGUAUAUCUAUGAUUUUGAAUGACUGGUCAGGCAUUGACAAAGUAAAAGCCAUUGACUAUAUUUUAAAGAGUAUUUCGUAUGAUGGAGCAAUGGGCCAAGGACCUGGUCUUGAAUCACAUGGAGGAUCUACAUUUUGUGCUAUAGCCAGUUUAUUCCUUAUGAAUGAGCUUCAUAAUGUCCUGACAAAUAAUCAAUUAAAUAGAUUAAGAAGAUGGUGUGUUAUGAGACAAGAUGGUGGCUUCGGAGGACGACCUGGGAAACCAUCUGAUUCUUGUUAUAGCUUCUGGGUGGGAGCAACGCUACAGCUGCUUGAUGCUUACAAAUUUUCAGAUAAUGAAGACAAUAGAACAUUCCUUUUUUAUUGUCAAGAUGACAUGUAUGGUGGAUUUGCAAAAAAUGUUUGUUGUGAAGUUGAUCCCCUGCAUACAUACUUAGGUUUAUGUGGUUUAAGUCUUUUAGGAGAGCCUGAUUUAUGCACACUGCAUGCUGCUCUUAACAUUUCUGACAGAGCAUACAAGAAGUUGUUAGACCUUCACUUUCUUAUGAAGUAAUUAAAACACUCGAAUACCAUAUCAUGCGCACAGAGUAAUAGUUACAAAAGGGGAAAAUUUCGUAUUUCGUCGUGAAUACUGUUUGUACAAUUCUUACAGACUCUCUGUGAUGAUUAUUUAUGAGAACAAUUAUUCUAAAAGCGUCAAUUAACCGAUCAGCGUGGAAGCAUUUAAGCGUCUGGCUUUACCAAACUGUGGAAGAAUUUCCGUAUGGAGCAAGAAUAAUCGCACACUAAUUUUUUAAAAAUAGAAUAACUUUGUUAAUAAUUUAUGCAUUUUAUUUUGAACUUUAAAAAAUAUUCUGUAAAUAUUAAAACUUUAAGUAAUAUAUUUCACUUUACUUUAACAGUUAAAUUUCGUUUGGAAGAUCUUUAAAACAUCCUUACACAUAAUUCAACUUCAUAGUCCUAACGCUAAAAUAUUCUAUGUUACAAAUAGAAUGGAAACCUGGUAUAUUUGUUACAUAGAACACUUACUAUUGUAUUGUCUUUAUAUUCGAUUUAUAGUAGACGAAUGUGUAAUGAAGAAUUGUUCACACAUUUGCUGAUAUAAAUAAACAAUUAAUACAGAAGUUUAAGGUAUUAUAUCAAAUAAAAAAAGUCCUUGAUUGCAAUUGCUAUGAAAAAAGGAAGAAUGAGUUUGUAUUAUGGAAAUGUUAUGCAGAGGGUUAAUUAAAAUUUGUAUGGUAUAUCAAAAUUAAUACAAUUUUAUUAUAGUUAUAUAUUUAAUGGAAGUAUAAAAAAUAUAUUUUUAUAUACAA